AUGCCCGCGGAGCUAGAGGUGGGCCACGUGCGUGAAUCUAUUGCAGAGCAAUCCGACCUGUGUCUUCAUCAUCAAAUUUUGACAAAGGAAAUGGCAUCCAUCAAUCAGUACGUGUUGGUGGCGAAUAUGGAGCAAGGCACGGACACACGCAUUGAGCUCAAGAUUACCCUGGAGAACUACGCUCACAGCCUAUGUAACGCUCUGGACAACAAAAUGGCCGAGGACUAG